AAGGGAAAGUUCAAAUAUUUAAUCAAGGCUCAGUUUUCUAGAGUUUUGGCUAAAUAUUUGUCCUAUUCUGUUCAGUGCAGUGGCAGUGGACUUUCUCAGGAGGUAACUGAGAGGUUAACACCACGCACGCAUCUCUGUUUUGAAGGAACUGGAGCGGAGGCAGGCUGCGCACACUCUCUGUCUGCAGGAUUGGAACGUGGUUACCCCAGUCAACUUUCUCUCAAGUCGUCGGGGCAAAGAGGAAGAAAUACGAGGAAUAGGAUAAACGACUGGAGUGGUUACCCUCCUUCUCCUCCUCACACGGUAAAUUGAAUGAAGGGGCUCUUUCCGAAUCGAAAAGCAUAAGACAAGCUCAUGUAGCCUGGGCAUUGAUUUAAUAUACCCGUCCCGUCCUUGACUUCGUUGUUGUUUUUGACGGAUACACAUGUGUCGGGAAUGCUACCAUGGCCACGCCGAACAGCCUUCAGCAGCAGCAGGAUUACUUCAGAAGCGUCAGCAACGAAUCCACAACGUAUAUGAUGGUCCCGGCCACGGCAAACACGCGUCGCGAUGCCGCGCCAUCCAAGAUGUGGAUCGCAAUGGUGGUGAUUGUGGUGAUCGUUCUACAGAUUGCCUCGACCACCGGACUGUUCGUGUACCUGAAUAUGUCAGUAUCACAGGUGCGUAGCCAGGGUGUAACAGAGGAGCUGAAGUGUCUCAGUCUGUUAAAUGCUCUGGAUAAAGACCAAGACAUCCCAGAGAACCUGGCUCAGCUGUUUGGAGAGCCCUGCAUCAAACUGGCCGAGGGCAUCAAGGCUUACAUCUCUAAGGUGACAGAGAACAUAAUCUCAAAGCAGACGUUUCAAGAAGCGAGAACGUUACCUCACACCUUCAACACUUCGAGGUCAAAGUUCGCUACCUCUGUGCCCCAGCGGCCGUCAGCCCACCUGACCCUCAGAGACAGCAGCACUCAAGGGUCUCCCGUGUAUCCCACCCCCCAGCCCGACCUCCACCAAUCAUGUCGCCACCCAGUCCGCUCGUGGACCAAUCAGAGCUUCGGAGCCCACCUUCACAACAUGACCUUAGCCGAUGGGAGGCUGCGUGUGCCCCAGGAUGGGCGUUACUACAUGUACUCUCAGGUCUACUUCCGUUACCCGUCGCCCAGUGAAGGGGACCAGCCAACAGCCAGUCACCAGCUGGUACAGUGUGUCUACAAGAAGACGUCCUACCUGCGGCCCAUCCAGCUGUUGAAGGGCGUAGGCACUAAGUGUUGGGCCCCAGAGGCAGAGUACGCCCUCCACUCUGUCUACCAGGGAGGGCUGUUUGAGCUGAGGGCCGGGGAUGAGCUCUUCGUCUCUGUCUCUUCCCCCACCAUGGUUCAUGCAGAGGAGUCAUCAAGUUAUUUUGGGGUGUUCCGUUUGGAUCUGUAAAGAUAGAUGGAGGAGAGAGAGAGAAGGGAGACCACUGUCAGAAGAGGGUAUGGGGUGGGAUGAAAAGGAUAGGGUGAGGAACGGAGGCAGCGUGACGACACUGCCAGAGUGAGGAAUUAGGGGGUGAAAGGAGGGAUUAGAGGAGAGGAGGAGGGAAGGGUGAGGACCCAAGGACUAACUCCCCCAUUCUUUCCAAAGUGAAUUGUAAAUAGAUCUGUAGAUUCUACAUGUGAAGGAGGGAGUUAUGAACCUGAAAACAUUGGAUGGACACAGAGGAUCAAAAGACAGAAGAAUGUAUUCAUUUAUAAUUCACAUCAUAUAAUGUGGAACUGUGGAACUAUGGAACCGAACGGUAGCAGAAAAAAAGGGCAAAGAAAUGUAUGUGAUGAUGUGAUAGCCAAGAGUGGUUCAGUAUGCUCGCUGUAUCUGUGCCAUUUAUACAUACAGUGCCUUGCGAAAGUAUUCGGCCCCCUUGAACUUUGCGACCUUUAGCCACAUUUCAGGCUUCAAACAUAAAGAUAUAAAACUGUAUUUUUUUGUGAAGAAUCAACAACAAG